AUGGAAGGGCUCGAAAAAAGGCGUUUGAUGGUUAACACCGGACCUAGCUCCUCCCCGAGUCUUCACCAAUUUGGGGUCACCCAUCCGUUCAUACAGCAGCUCGAUGUCGUCUUUCCAUCAUCCGACGACGUAGAAAUGUUCCUGUCUAUUCUAGAACCGACCUAUCACAAAGGUGAAUUUACUCUGUCAGAAUUGUAUGAGAAUGCUUUGACGGUGGACUGGGCACACGAGGAACAGUGGGUGUUUUUACGAGGCACGCCUCUUCUAAUCAUUGUUCCUGACAAAAUCGUCACUCUUAGCACCUUUAUGGCCGUCCCGACCCAGAACGAUUCCGAUGAUACGUGGUGUGUCGACUACCGAGGUUUUCUCACACUGUCGGUAUCCAAACCGAUAUACGAACGUAUCGGCCUCGUAGGAAAGAAGCUGCCAUUCAAGGGGUACGCAGAACAUCACGUCAUACGCAUCCCCUUAAGAGAACAGAUUGAAUCGGUAGCCGUUCGUGCCAGACAAAAAGCUGCGCUCAAGAUAUGGGAUGACAUCCGCGCAGAAGCAGGAUAUCCCAAAUGGCAGGUAUUACACUGUAAUGGGGGCGCAGGAGGGCUCACACCAGAUGAACUUAAACCCGUGCGUCCGCAGGUAGAGCGAUAUACAGAUGUUCAUAUACCAAUCCCGACAAUCUCGCCAUGCCCGAGUAAAUAUGACAAGGAUGGAGAAGCCUUGGAUGACUGGAAUGAAAAUGCCAGAGAACUCUUCGAGUGGGUCGGAAUGGCGGCACUUGGAGCUCAAAGACUCAAAGCAAAUGAUCGUGUCGAUCCUUAUGUUGCUGUGUAUGAGCCGCCCGCGCCGUCCCGUAUUGGCAGCGCUACACACAUGAGUUGGACAGGUCUCCUUCAUCCAGUCUUCGUGCAAACAGUAGCCACUAUCAAUGCCUCAAGCUCCCCAAACGCUGCACAAGACUCCACUGAACAGCAAAUGUUUGUCUCUGUCAUGUCGCAUGCGUAUCCUUGGUCUCCUGUGUCGUAUAUCGCACCCUCAGCACUAGAAGCGGGAGCGAAAAGCUCAGUGUCGGGGGAAGCUCCGUUAAGAGCAUGCAGAAUCGAUGCUGAAGAUACAACAUGUCUACUCUUUAUACCCCCAGUUCAUGACGGUAUGACAACAGAUGAGGAUUCUUCCGAGUCAGAAUGUUGCUGGAUGAAGGUUGAAAGCGUUGGACAGUGGGAUACACGAUGGGGCUGA